UGCCUUCUCUUCCUUGCCUCGACUCUUGUCCACGAUCUGAGUGCCUCCUUCAUUCGAGCCUUUGGUCUCGCUCUCCCUUUCUUCUUCUUGUCUCCCGCUUUCAUGACCGCAGUCGCCUUUGAUUCUGCUGCAAGGGACCUCCCGCCGCCCCCGCCUACAGCCCACUCAAAUUCCGCCUUCGUUCCGCCUCCUCCGCCAAAAUUACCGCUCGACCCUCCAGCCGGCUCAUCGCAUCAUCAGAGUCACGCUUUCACCGUCUCUGCUUCAGAUCCAGGUCUUUCCGCUCCUUCAACGCCCACAAGCCCAACGACGCCCGUUUCGCCAUCUUAUCCAGAGUCAAAACCUAAAAGAAGCAAUCCUUUAACAGAUCUAGUCGAUACAGAGAAGAACUAUGUCGAGCAGUUGACCGGGAUCAUCAGGAAAGUUGCUGCAGCAUGGUCUCGUUCCAAUCUCCCCCCUCCCGAGCUCGAUACGAUGUUCAGAAGUAUCGAGGGUGUAUACAAGGCUAACCGAAGUCUUCUAAUGAGACUUAAAGAGAUUGGUACUAAUCCUUCCUCGCCAAAGGCCUUGGGUGACUUACUCAUGCAGUGGAUCGACGAUUUGGAAGCCCCAUAUACCAAUUAUUCCUACAAGUAUUGCUGUGGCUUCGAUGACUGGGAUCUUGUUUCAUCCAAUACUCGACUACCGUCUAUUAUCGCUGCCUUCUCUACAGCCCUACCUCCUCCAACAUCGCUCAUCACUUCUCCAGACGACCCGCCUUUGUGGACCCUCGAUGCUCUCUUCCUGCUUCCCAAACUUCGUCUCAAAUACUACAAGAAACUCUACUCUAGACUUCUAAAAAGUACAGUCCCUGGUCGGAGCGAUCACCGACUCUUGGUUGGUGCUUUGGAUAAACUAGACACACUGUUGGAUACAUUGGAACAAAGGGCGCAGAUCAGAGUAACUUCAAUGCAAUCGCCGUCCAACGAGCCCCCUAUGUUGCAAGGUGAGGACGAAGUGGUAUUUGACCUUCGGACACAACGGGAAAGCGCGGCACAAUCAUCGGCACUAAGUGCACCGAUUCAAAGUGAUGCUGACGCAACGCCGAACAGUUCAAGUAGUUCGGCCCGAGGAAGCAGCGUGCUAGGGGAGCGUCUCUCCGGGGAGACAGCAAUGACAUCGACCAGUCGCGUUUCAUCUCAGACCAUGUCGAUGCCAAUUUCUGACCUGGAGAGGCGGUUAUCCACUGAACGGACAUUGGACAUCUUCACUAUGAAGUUAAAGAGUGUCCGUCUGCAAAUGUCGCCGCCUACGCUUACCUUCAAGCGGGAACUUCGCCUGUCUAUGGAUGUCAAGAUUACAUUAACACCACGCGCUACGGGAGUAGAAGUUGUUCAUCGUCAGGGGCACGUUUUUCUAUUGUCAGAUCUAUUUUUAGUAUGCGAGAGGAUGACGCCCGAAGAACGUUCAGCUGGAGGUGCAGACGGUCCAGACAUGUGGUUAUGUUACCCGCCUUUGGCCGGGAAAGUGCUGCGUGUGUCUGAAGUGAGUGGUCAAGAAACAGCAUUGAAUGUUGCCAUCAUGCGAAAGGAGCAUAUAUUCUUGCAGACGGAGUCCGUUCAAGCUCGCAAUUUCAUGAUAUCCGAAUUCCGGGAAUGUAUUGAAUUUGCAAACUCCAUUACCCCUGCGAAACAGCCCCCGCCGCCUAUGCCACCUCUUCCUGGUCUACCACCGAGAGACAUCCCUCAAACGCAAAAUUCAAUGCCGCCAGAAGUGGACAGCAGGAGCAGGAGCGUCAGUCCUCCACAACGAACAUCUUUACCUUCUCCGCCUGUCAUCCAGCCUCUUCAUUUUGAUGGGCCGCCCAGCGGGCCCCCAUCUUCGUACCGACCCGUCGAGAAUGGCCGGAGCCCAUCUUAUUCCCCUGAUGACUUCACGAAAAACCAUAAUAGUAAUGUCCCGCAGCGAAUGCCCUCUUUGGACAGUCACCAUUCCCCUGCGCCUGACGUUCAACGUGUACCGUCGGUGACACAUUCAUUGCAUGAACAGCGUCCUCCUGUUAGUGGACUUCCGAAUAUGCCCAUGUCCAUCAGCCCAGGUCAAGUCAUUGCACCAUCCAGGAGCACUAGUGCUGCGUCCCACCACACUUAUAAUAGUAAUCAACAGCCUCGCUCACCAAUGACCCCCGUCUCUCCCGGUGAACGUAUGGCUGGGCCUUCGUUUCACCAGCAACCGCUGCCUUCUCCAAUGCGACUACCAGGUCCCCAGGGUGGUUACGGCGUUCCUCCGCGGCCACCCUCCGAGCCUUUAUACCCUAAUGGCAUGCGGAAGCCACCUUCUACGCGGUCGCUUCAUUCCCAGUAUGAGCAGCCAUACUCGGCACCGCCUAUCCCCUCUCCUUCACUCCCACCUAAUGGAUACCCACCCAAUAAUUUCAUCCCAAGAGAUUCCUCUUCGGGAAGUCUGCAUGCCCCACAGCCACGUCCCUUAUUACCAUCAGCUCUCAAUUCACGCGCAGCUUCUGGUAUCGAUCAGGCCGCUUCCUUCGCUGAUCCAAGUCCUCCGAACUCGCCUGUUGAGGAAACGCGGUCUCUACCCACGGGUCCAGUGACAUCCAGUAUCUCAGCGCAGAUGAAGUGCAAAGUGUUCCUAAAGCAACAGCACGCGCAGUGGAAGUCCUUGGGUUCUGCCCGGCUCAAGUUGUAUCAUCAAGAUCCCACGAAUAUUAAACAACUCGUUGUGGAGUCUGAGAACAAGGAUCACGCCGUUCUGAUCUCUACGAUCGUUUUGACAGAUGGGGUCGAGCGUGUGGGUAAAACAGGUGUGGCUAUCGAACUUAGCAACAAGGGUGCACGAACAGGCAUCGUGUACAUGAUACAGCUGCGCAACGAGAAAUCUGCAGGUGGUUUGUUCGACAGCUUACUAGCGGGAUCUGAUAGAAACACAAAUUGACCGUAUUCCAUUGUAACGGGGACUUUGCAUAACUCAUUCAUUAGGAUAGAUGUGUUUUCAGUUUUUCUACUUGGCAUACCCAGGCAUAUCCACUAUCUUCGAUAUCUUUUCACACACACUCAACGUUUGUUUUCCCUGAAUUACGAUAUAGUUUACUCUAUUUACUUACUCUGCUGCAACGCUUUCUUCAUGCAUUCGGAUCCGGAUUUUCAUGAACCAUGAUUAUUAA